AUGACGAAACCCACGGUCCUCCUGAUCGGAGGACUGACACACACGAAUAAAGAGUGGGAGGAAUUAGGCUCGAAAUACAACCUGAAAGAGUUCCGCAAGGGCACACGGGAACAGUUCCUCUCCAAUUGCCAAAGCGGCCAAUACGACGAUGUGGUUGCGCUCUACCGCUCGAAUAUGUCCACGUCAGUAACGGGCCUCUUCAACGACGAACUCGUCUCGGCGCUACCGGCAUCUUUGCAAUAUAUUUGUCACAACGGCGCUGGAUAUGACAACAUCGACGUUGGCGCAUGCACAAAAAGAGGGCUCAAGGUCUCCAGUACGCCCAUCGCGGUGGACGAUGCCACCGCUGAUAUUGGCCUCUUCCUGAUGCUGGGUGCUCUUAGACUUGCUUGGGUGCCAAUGGUCGCCAUAAGAGAGGGCAAAUGGCGGGGGAACACACAGCUUGGGCAUGAUCCCAAGGGUAAGACACUCGGAAUCCUGGGCAUGGGCGGAAUCGGGCGAGCAAUGGCACAUCGAGCACGGGCGUUCGGGAUGAAGAUUGUUUAUCACAACCGAUCGAGGCUCUCCAAGGAACUCGAAGGCGACGCAACAUAUGUCAGCUUUGACGAACUGCUGGCACAGUCCGAUGUUCUUAGCUUGAACCUCGCGCUGAAUGCGAAGACACGACACAUCAUCUCUGCACCUGAGUUUGCAAAGAUGAAGGACGGCGUUGUUAUUGUCAACACAGCCCGAGGAGCCUUGAUCAACGAGAAGGAUCUCGUCUCAGCACUGGACAGCGGGAAGGUUGCCUCGGCCGGGUUGGACGUGUUUGAGGAGGAGCCCAAGGUGGAAGAGGGGUUGUUGAAGAACGACCGGGUGUUCAUUGUGCCUCACAUUGGCACCAACACGUAUGAGACGCAGAGGGAAAUGGAACUCUUGGUCUUACACAAUUUGCAGAGCGCGGUCGACAAGGGCACGCUCUUGACGCCGAUCGCAGAGCAGAAGGGCAAGAUGAACGGACAUUUAUAG